AUGGAUCCCUUCUCAUCCUUGAAUUUGGCGAGAUCAACGAUUCAGUUGAUCGACUGGAGUUCGAAACUAUUGUCGGGAGCGUAUGAGAUAUACCAUUCUCCGGAUGGCCUGACUGAAGACGAUGCUGAGCUGGGCGAGAGGACGGCGAUUCUUCGUAGACUGGCCUUUGGCUUAGCGAAUAGAUCGUCGGGCCAUGUCGCUGAUGGCAAAUGCGAGCCACUUCCGAGCCAGCCUGUCGCUGCGCCGGACGUUGGCGGUGAUUCUCUUGAACAAGAGAAUGGAGUUAUCGAGGAUCCUGUGACAGGGAAUAAGAAAACCCCUCAUAAAGAUGAGCUCAACGACGUGAUGAUCCAGCUCCUUCACCAUGAGGAUAACGACGUGCCAAUGGGAACCGGCAACAAACUAGAAGUCGACCAAGCAUACAGAAAACUCCAAAAGUUGACAUCUGAAAUGAAGACCAGCGCAAAGGCUUUCGCCGGCGAAGACGUUCAGCGCAGCGAGCAAGAGCAAAACCUCCAGCGCGUAGCCAAGGGAUGCGACGACAUUGCAAAGCGGCUCGAGGUCACGCUGAAACAGCUACGUGUCGAUCCCAAGAACGCAAAGUUUCGCAAGAUUUUUAGCUUUCGCCAGGCCUUUGUCAAAUUAUGCAGUCAAAGGAAGAUUGAUGGGAUGGAGAGGUCUUUGGACAAAUAUCGGACGGACUUGAUUCUUCAACUCUCUGUGAUUAUGAGCGAUCAGCAGUCAAGCGUCGUCAGAGAACUUCGCACCUUGAGAGAUGCCAGCAGUCGUCUUGAUUCAGCAUAUAAAGAACACCUCGACAACAUCUCAAAGUCAUUCAGACUGAUUCAAACCCAAGCAACCGAGGACGCUGAGCAGCGUCGACAGAAUCCAGCAGCCUACAGGACAUAUAACGACGAUGAUGAAACUGAAGGAAAGAAAUUUAGUCUCUUCUCAUUACACAAAUCUUACGGAGCUUCCGACAAAAGCGGCCCUUCUCAGAGCCAGAAUAACCUUGCUGUCAACGACGAAAUUCCCCAAGCGUUUCAAUAUCUGGCAGAAACGCUCCGUUCUUUAGUCACAACAGCCACCGACGUCGCCGUUGCGCAGCGAGUUCUAAGUGGCCUUCACUACAAAACAAUGACUAUGCGCAUAGAAAGCGUUGUCGAAGCAUACAAAGACACAUACGAAUGGAUCUUCAAGCCACGUUGGGCCAAGAACGCAAAAGGCAUCAAAGUACAUUUUGCAGAGUGGCUUGCCGAAAAGGACGGCAUCUUUUGGGUCUCCGGAAAACCAGGAUCUGGCAAGUCAACGCUCAUGAAGUUCCUCUGCGACCAUGAUCGCACGGCCGAAACGCUCGCCAACUGGGCGCGGCCCCUGAAUCCAGUCAUGUCGACGCACUUCUUCUGGAGCUCGGGAACGAUGAUGCAAAAAUCCCAAGAGGGUCUGCUCCGAUCGCUGCUCUACGACAUCUUCAAGAAGUCGCCCAAGAUUAUGAAAAUGGUCUGCCCGCAGCGCUGGGAAGCGUCAAGGAGGGGAGAUGGUGAUUUGGAGCCCUGGACGCUGUCAGAACUGCGCAGAACCUUGGCUGCUCUUGCGACAUGUCAUGGGCUCGGCUACAAGUUUUGUUUCUUUAUUGAUGGGCUUGACGACAGACCGUGGAACGUAUUUGAGGAUGAAUACGGCAAAGCUGUCGACAGAAAGCUAUAUCUCCAGGACUUGACGAGCCGAGAUAUACGUCACUAUGUACAAAGAAAGUUGGAAGAACACCCUAACUGGCAAGUUCUCCCGUCAGAAGAGCCUCUAUACAAGACUCUCCUAGAAGACGUAACCACAAAAGCCCAAGGAGUGUUUCUCUGGGUAUAUCUCGUCAUCCGCUCUCUAUAUGAAGGCCUUACAAACGGCGACUCGCUUCCUGCUCUGGAGCGAAGAACUCGCGACCUACCAGCAGACCUCGAGUCCUUCUUCAAACACAUGCUCGACUCCGUAGAGCCAUUCUACCAUACACAGAUGGUCAGAACAUUCCAAGUUGCCAUGGGCUCGAGAUCUCCUCUACCCCUGAUGAUCUACUCAUUCCUCGACGAAGACUUUGAGAACCAAAACUUUGCGCUUCAAAUCCCUGUCAAGCAAAUGCCCAUGGUAGAGGUAAUCCGUCGCCAAGAACAGCUGCGCCGACGCCUCAACGGGCGAUGCAAGGGCCUCCUAGAAGUUUGUCGAAACAGCAAUGAGGGGCCGUACAUGGGCCACCGCGUCGAUUUCCUGCAUCGGACUGUGCGAGACUUUUUGCGGACAAAGGAGAUGAGCGAUUUUCUCGCGGAAAAAGCAGGGGAUCACGGCGGGCCCAACACGCUCGUGUUUAAGAGCUUCGUGCCACUCAUAAAGUCCAUACCGUGGGAGGAAAUUGACGUAUCUGAGGGAGGCUUGUUAUCAAGGAUGCUAGGCGAUGCAAUGCAUUAUGCUUACAAGGUAGAGCUGGAAUCAGGAGAGGCCCAAGUCGAGCUUCUUGACGAUCUCCAUCGCACGCUGAAGUUCUACGCAACAACUACCGGCAAACCGAUCCCGUGGUACCAGGGCUGCUAUACACCAUCCGACGAUGACACCGGCUAUGCUCCGUGCCAGACGUUCCUCGAGUUUGCGAUCCAGAAUGGCUUGUGUCUGUAUGUCCGGGACCAGCUUCGCCGCGAGUAUCAACCACUCGAGGCUCAACAACCCUUACUUCACUGCGCCAUUGCUCACUUACCGGUCUAUACCAUAAGAGAGCCAGAUUUAACCCCCAUGAUUCGCGUCCUCCUUGAAGAGAGGGAUUCAUGCCACGUAGAGCUACAGAAACAAGACGCAUGGAGGUCCUGCAUCAUGGCCCUUGUAAAGAUACUACUUGAUGAGAAUAAUUCGCUCGAGAUCAAAGUCAUCUACAUGAUAGACCACAGGCAAGACAUGAUCCAACUUUUACUCGCCGUCGGAGCGGAUGCCAACGCACAAUGGAAAGACUCCCUCCCCGUAUGGCACCAUCUCCUCGUCGCGAUAGCUGGUUCGCCUUUUCUCCCCAAUUCUGAUAUCGUUCAGAUUACCAGAUAUUUCCUCGACGCCGGCGCAAGUCUAUCAGGUCCCAAUUGGAGCGCUUCGGAUGCCUUCACUAAGAGUCUGUUGGAACGUGGCAGCAAUAGCGAGACGCCAUGUGAUACUGACCAUUUGGAGUUUCUAGUCCAGAUAUACUGUCUCUUGAUUUUGAAAGGCAUGGAGCUGAAGCCAUCGGAAAAGCUUCUCAUUCAUCAACGACUGCCCGGGAGAUUGUCCGAGUCGAUAUCAGCGGCCAUAGACCAGCAAAAGCUAGAGAAGAAGGUUAAGAGCCAGGCCGCGGCAAAAGGGUCGCAGAGUUGGACGUGGACUUCAUGGCUCGGUGCAUUAUGGUAA